AUGGCUGAAACAGCCGCCACCACCAGCCAUGACCACAGCCAUUACCGCCUACGAGUUACCGCAGGACCAGCAUACGACCCCUCUACACACAAAGUCGUGCCAGUCAACAGUCCCGAGACAAUCACAUUCGAGAAUGAGCACAUCAUAAUAUCGCUGGCUGUACGUCUCAGGCACUUUACAGGCUUCCCUUCCUCAUCACCACAAACCUCCGCAUACUUCGAGCACGAACUACACAAAGGCGACCAAUACUCGAUAGCAUUCAGCUUCAUACCAAAGGUAGACAUACCAGGCACCGACCUGGUCUUCGGCAACGACUUCGACCGACCAAUACGAGACAGACUCCCACCAGGUUUCAACCAAGCCCUGCGCAUUGUGAGAUGGUGGAUAGAUCCUGGCCUAGAAGGGGAUGCUUAUGCGGACCAACCAUAUCUCUACGGCCCAGCACUGAGCAGUUGGAACUACUUCAAGAUAUGCGACAAGAUCGUGCACGACGACAAAAUGGGCGACAAGGACGCCUGGAAGAUCCCCAACGCCACAUCCUUCCACGAGGAAGUAGUCGAAGAAGGCGCAGAAGGCGAUGGUGAAGAAGCACGAGAUGAAUCAGGCUUACCUGCCGACGCCGCCGGCCGCAAAAAGUACUUCCUUACUAGAUCUCACCUCGAAAACUUUACCUUUGAGAAAGGGAGACUAUACCAGUCUGAUUUCGGCAAUGGCUAUCUCGAUUUCAACGACUUCUCACUAAAGCUUCCGGGCUUCACGUUAAAUGUGAUAGGAUAUGUCGAUGCGAAGACCCAUGAAUUGCGAUAUACACUCAAAAACAUAAAGACCGGUGAGGUAUACUGCGUGGUCGUAUUCACCCUGUUAUUUGGCGAAGAACUUGAAGAGCUUAUCAAAAAAGAAGGCGGUGACAAUGCUGGUACGGACGCUGACGAGCUUGCGAAGAAGGCACAGGAUCUCAAAUUGGAGGACAAGAAAACAGAUGUGCAGAAGAACUCAGAGGAUGAAGGAUCGGCCGAGGCCGAUGACGUGGAUUGA